GCUGGUUCAAAGUCAUUUGUACGACUUCGUCACGACAUGCGAGAUUCCGUAACUGGCCAGGAGCCCGGACCAGUAGACUUCUACAAAGGGACUCACUGUCGGCAGUCGACAGGAUCUUGGGUACAUCCUAGAGCCAGCGAGAUUUGGGAGGAGAUGAACACCUUACGCAGUCAGCCCACUCCCGAUGGUACUCAGCGGAGUGAGCCAGAGAUCCUGAGUCAGGUGCUUGGCACCCGUUCUGGAUAUGUGCGUGGGUUUGGCCAUGGUGCCAAGCUCAUGGCACCCGCUAGAGCUGCCUCCAGCCGAUCCAUCGUCGUUGGCGAUAGCGCCGUACGCCGAGCUGAUACUGCAGAGAGAGAGGUUCAGCAGUUACGGGUCGUCGUCGAUGACAUCAAAGAUCAGCUGGACAGACAGAGGGAGGAGCAGGAGAGGAGGAUGGAGGAGCAGCUGGCAAGGCAGAGGGAGGAGUUAUCCUAA